AUGACUGUGAGAUUCAUUCAAAAACAUGCUGAGGAGAAGAAAACAUCAUUCAACCCCAGACCGUAUUGGAAGUUAUUCAUUGAUUGGCUGCUUGACCUUAGUACCCUUGAUCCGGUUUUUGAAGGUGCAAACUUCCAGCAUCUGACAGCUCUACCAACCUCAUUCCACGCCCUGCAGCCUCUCAAAGUUUCUGCAUUCAGGUUAUUCUCUUAGAAAGGAAAUUGUCAAAGGAGAAUUUAGUCAUGGG